CCCGGCGAUACAUGCUGGAAGAUCGCAAACAAUUACCGGGUGACUUUCGCGCAACUGCGCGCAUGGAACAGCUUCAUCAACGCCGACUGCACCAACCUGAAUAUCGGCGAUCUGCUGUGCGUGACCGAGCCCACCUCGUCUGGAAACCAGACCGUCACGACCCCCACGCAAACCUCUCCAACAGUGUCGACCCCAUAUGCGACGGCCACUGUAGCUCCCCCGGGGCCCGUGGCUCGAGGCACAACGACUAAAUGUGGAAGGUACUACCUCGUCCAAUCCGGCGACUACUGCCAGCGAAUCGUCUCCAACGCCGGCAUCAGCAUGGAGCUCUUCCGGGCUAUCAACCCGGACCUCAACGCCGACUGCACCAACCUCAUCACCGGUCUAUACUACUGCACUCUUCCCACUGCCGACUGGAACAAACCGUCCACCACCCUGACAACCACGACCUCGGUCUAUGUGUCUGCUCCUGCUCCCACGGCGACUGGGACCACUCCGAACUGUUACGAGUGGUACGUUGUCCAACAAGGCGACUACUGCGCCAAACUGGAAUCUCAAUUCGCCAUCACCAUGGCGCAGCUGCAGCUCUGGAACCCCGAGCUUAAUCGCAGCUGCACCAACCUGUUGACUGGGUACGCGUACUGCGUUCACGGCGAAGCCAGUCCCGACCAGCCGGCGGCUGCUGCGGCGGCGCCGACUUCUUAA